GCCUCCAGGGUGAUUCCGUCUUUUUGACUGUCAGCGAUCAAAGCCUGCGUUUGGCGCUUGACAUGUACUUUACCUUCACCUGCGCGCUGUCAAUCACCGGGAAGCCUUCCCAGCGGAGUGGCGCGACGCCGCGUUGCCAUUGGUCGAGCAGGACGGGCGGAGGCGGGCUCGGGGGAGACGCCGCACGCGAUUGGACGAGAGCGGCGAGGACGGCGCAAGUUCGGGAGGCACGUUCUAAGUUUCCAAGUUGGAUGAGAAGAGUGCGAGGUGUCGCCGCGCAGAGACCGAGGGACCUGAAGCGAGGCGACGGAGCAGCACCACGGAGACAGGCACAGCCUCCGGGGGCCAUGUCUGGUGGCAGCGGCGCUAACAGCAGCUGGACCAUCCUCACGUCUGAGGAGACUGUUGCUGAAACCCUGAGGCCUCUGGCGGAGGGACCACAACGCCAUGGAGAAGGCCUUACUUCUGCAGCAGGUGUCUGUCACAACAAGUGGGGCUCUGGGGCAGAUCCUCCUGCAGAGACGCCCCCCGUGGAGGGUCAAGUGGCAUCAGAGGAACAAACAGCCCCGCUGCUCGCCAGCACAAGCGCUGGCGAUGCACUCAGCCAGUCAGAGGGCCUUCCCGAGGGCCCGUCACAGGCCGGUCCCGACCCGGACUCAUUCUCUGACUCCUGCACCCACAUUAGUACCUCCCCCGAUGAGCCCCCGGCCUCACUGCUGAGCGCAGAGACUCUGGAAGGGGGAGAGUUCAUACAGGAAGGAGAGAGGCUCCCAGAGGAGGGGGCUCCACAUCCGCGGACUGGAGAGGAGCUACAGCAGGAAGGGACGGCGCCGGACCCGUCUCAGAGCAUCAGCGGCCAAGGGAAACCGACAGACUCCUCAGUGGAUUCCGUGGCGGGUGAGGGGGGAGAGCCAGAGGUGAGGAGGAGAUCUCUAUUAGCGGCUCUGGAGCAGAUCGGGAGGACAGAGGAGGAAGAAGUCGCGGAGGAGGAGUUUCAGCUGCCGCGGCCGGAGGAAGGCAGCGCCAUCUCUCUGAACAAGUGCAUUCUGGGUGCCGUGAUUCUGCUGGGCCUCGGGACCGUCUUUUUCUCAGGUUUCCUCAUGGACCUGGAUGGGGACAGUGAUUAUGGCACUAGGGAGCUGAGAGAUGCGGAGGUACCAGGAAAGCAGGAGUGGCUUAAUGCUGAAGUCCCUCCAGUCCCAGCAGAUGCUGACAGUACAGAGAUGCUAAAUAAGAUUUCCGUGCUACAAGCCCAAGUUCAGCAGGCACAGAAAGAGGAGCUAAAAGUAGCCAAGGGACAGGCAGCAGAGGGAGCGGAGCGGCGGUGGGAGGAAGUGGAGAAGGAAAACAGUAGGUUGAAGACAGAGAUGGCAUCUUUCCCUGUCCUUCAGAAAGAAAACGAGAGGAUGAAGAGAGAGCUGGAGUCUGUCCCGGCCCUACAGAAAGAACUAGAAACACUGAGAACCACUGUGACUCAAUUAAAAGUCUCCUCAGCAACCAGCGAUGCAUCUGUGAAGCCCACUACAUCGCCCCCAAGUGGCCAGGCAGAAGACAGCAGGCCGGCCGAGGCUGGAACUGCAGACAAACAUGCAAGGAAGGAGAAAGAUAGGAAGAAGGAUAAAUAUGACACCGGUGAGAAGAGGAACUGGAAAGAACGAGAGAUGUCAGAACGGAGAGAAGGCGAGAAAAAGGAUGGCAAAGACGCUGGUAAACAUGGAAAGCGUGAGCACGGAAAGGUUGAGAGGGCGAAAGAUAAGGAAGGUGCAGAGAAGAAGCAGAAGGAGAAAGAGAGGAAGAAAGAAAAAGCUGUGAGAGGCGACGAAGGGAAGACAUGGAAGGCAAGAGAGGGGAAGAAAGAAUGGAUGGAGAGAAGCGAGCGGAGGGAGGAAAAGGAGUGGAAGAAGACAAAGCAUGAUAAAGUGGGUGAAGGAAAACAGUGGAGAGAGAAGACGGACUGGAAGAGAGGGGAUGAACAUGGAGAGAGGCACAAAGGCAGGGAGGACUGGAACGGAGAGAACGAGAGGAAGAAGGUGAAAGGUGGCCUCAAGGAAAAGGCCAAAGAGAAACGGGAGAGGAAGGAGUGGAAGAGCAAAGAUGGCAAAGAGUGGGAGGAAGGGAGAGCAAGAGGUGAAAGGAAACAGUGGGAGCAGAGCGAGAACCACGGCAAGCGUCACGGCAACGGCAGGAAGGAGGAGGAGGAGGAGAGCAGGCAGUGGGAUGAACACGAGUGGAGGGGGAAAAAUACGAACGGUCGCAGGGACUGGAGGAGGAAGGAAGGCGGCACGCAGUGGGCAAAGAGAGGCGAGCGGCCGCGACACAGGGGAGACCACGACCACGGGGAGGAGCCUGUGUGGGGAGGCCGGGGCCCCCCCCACACCCGCCCCUCCCCACAGCAGCCCCAGUACUGGCUGCAGCGCAGGGCCCGUCUGCAGCGCGGCCCGCGGCCCCACUGCGGCUCGCUGGAGGCCUGCGCUCGGGCCCAGGGGCUGCGGCCCGUGCCCCUCGGCCCGUUCCAGGCCGUCCUCCAGCGCUACCUCGCCAAGGCGGAGGGGGCGGGGCUGGGGGCGGAGCCCGCCGAGCAGCUGCGGGCGCUGACCCGCGAGUUCUUCGCAGACGGACUGUUUGCCCAUGACCGCAUCAGCUUCCGGGACUUCGCGGAGGACGUGAGCGACAUCCUGGAGCACAUGGUGGAAGGAGGCGGGGGUGAGGAGGAGGAGGGGGGGGAGGACAGCGCCAUCGAGGAGGAAAUGGAGGAGUUCGAAAGAGAGGUCCUGCAGAAGUUUUCGGCCGGGGAGAGGGAGGACGGGGGGGUCACGGCGGGGGAGGGGGGGAGGAAGGAGAGGGGACGGGGACGUGGCUGAGGGCAGACGACCGAUGGGCCUGUCGGGAGAGGCUGAAGCAGGCGCCUGAAGGAUGUGCACGCAUCACUCAGCCCGUCACUUCCACACGAGCUCAUUUCACCGCUUGCAUUUGUCGUCCAUGUGAUUUUACUGCUGCUUGGGUUUAAUGUGGUAGCGAGAGGAUCCAAACCCGAGACUAGACUGACUUUAAUGUCCGUGCUCGUGUCUAAUAGACGCCUCACACUCGACGCUCUUCACUGAUACAGUACCUGCACUAAGCUAUUUAUGUGAACAACUUUAGCCUAACUUAUAGCAGAGAUGCGUCACGCAGCAGAAUGUGACCUGCUGUCACAGACUUGACUAGAGGAGCCUGCGUUGUUUGCAAUGUUUGUACAUAUUGGUUUAAACAUGUUCCUGAUGAUGAAGUUGACAGUAAAUAUUAAAGGUCCAAUUAGCAUACAUGCAUUUUUCAGGUACCAUCCUCAUGUUGUGCACUAAAAUGUCCCUAAUCAGACUUUAUUUGUGUAAUAUUUCAUUGUCAUGGCAGGAUCCCUGUUAACAAGGUUGAUGACGCAGAACCAUGUGUAUCUGAAGUUGUUUAUAUUCUCAAUAAACCUGCUGCGUUGCUGUGAUGGGAAA